UGAUGUUGGCACAACAUGGCGUCCUCAGAUGUCCUCGUCCGAAUAUGUGAACAAGAAAUGCUGAAAUAUGACCUGGAAAUCAAAGCGCUCAUCCAGGUGCGAGUAUUUAUUUGGUAAGGUCAGUCAGCUGCAGGUCUCUCUGUCUCUCUCUCUCUCUCUCUGGAGAUGAGCUGCUCAAAGUGGACUAUUAAAGACAUUAAUGAGUGCACCGGCCCUGAAAGCAAGCUGACAGAGUUGAACGCAGACGUGAAAAAGAGUUUCCACAAUCUCCGGUUGCGGAUUCAGGAUUUUGAGCAGAUGGCUAUGGAGCAGGACAAAGAGUCAGACAAGCAAGCUUUGAUCAGUCAGGUGGAGGGACACAGAAAACAGAUGCUGAGUACUCAGACAGGUUGGAGGAAAGCCAACCUGGCCAGCAAACUGUCCAUAGACAAAAUGGAAAAGCAGGCACUUCUUAAUGGAUCAGAUGGUGCUCUGAGGCAGAGGAAGAUGACCAAAGAGGGCCUGGCUCAGACAACCAGCGACAUUACAGAGAAUCUUAUGAGCAUCAGCCGGAUGAUGUCACAGCAGGUUCAGCAGAGCGAGGACACCAUGACGACACUAGCGACCUCCUCUAGGACAGUCCAAGAGACCAACGAGGAGUUUAAGACCAUGACGGGGACCAUCAAGCUCGGGAGGAAACUCAUCACCAAGUACAACCGCAGAGAGCUCACCGAUAAACUGCUCAUCUUCCUGGCGCUCGCCCUCUUCCUCGCCACAGUUCUCUACAUCCUUAAGAAGAGACUGUUCCCCUUCCUGUAGACCAGGUACCUUUUUUGAGGAGCUCUCCCAUUACCACAUACAGCACUUUCCAUGGUCAAAUGAUUUAAACAACACUGACUGCUGCGUGUCAUAUUACACACACACAUUACACACGACGAGUGGCUGCUCGGUGGAAUGUGGACCGCUCACUCGGUUGAACUGUGACGCGGCUGAGGGUGAAUUAUUGUCCACAAAGAGUGAAGAUAAACCUACACAACUAUAGUUCCACACACUGGUUUAUUUAUUGAAAAGGUUUUGGUUCAUCAUACAAAGAUAAUAAUUCAUUCUCCUGGAAAAAAAAGGUACAUGUACGUGUUGGUAGGACAUAAUGUGUCAGACGUCCAUCUUUGGUUAGUGUGACAGUAAUGCUGUGCAUUGCUUUUUAUGAUAUCAGUUAUGAGAUGAGAUGAUGACCCAUAUUAAUUUUUUCUUUUGUACAUUCCUGUGGAAGAUAUUCAGUACAGUUUUUGUUUUCAUAUAUAUAUAUUUUCCCCAUAUCAAAGUCGAAAAGUAUAUAUAUAUAUAUAUAUAUAU